AUGGCCGAGCUAGGUGUCCCCCUCGGUCUCCAGGGCGUUCCCGGACAGGGCUCCGGGGAACCCCAGUGGUUCCGUUUCCUGGUCUGGAGAUUCCCCUCUAGGCCAGCAUCCUGCCCAGAGACUGGGCGGCAUGGGCGGGUCCUGUCGAUUUUGCCCCUUUUCCAACCCCCACUUUCCCUCCAGUCAGGACAGUUCAACGAGGACAUGAUCCCCACGGUCGGGUUCAACAUGCGCAAGAUCACCAAGGGGAACGUGACCAUCAAGCUCUGGGACAUCGGGGGACAGCCCCGCUUUCGCAGCAUGUGGGAGCGCUACUGCCGGGGAGUGAGCGCCAUCGUGUACAUGGUGGACGCCGCCGACCAGGAGAAGAUCGAGGCCUCCAAGAACGAGCUGCACAACCUGCUGGACAAGCCCCAGCUCUGGACGGCUCUGGGCUUCGGUGCCCUGAGGACAUCACCCUACAGUGGCUUAUCCAGCACUCGAAGUCACGGAGGAGCUGAGACGGCGUGA